UAAAUUAAUGUCGCUUCUACAAACCGGCCUUUAGAAGUAAAACUAACAAACUAUUAAACUGGAAUAUCAGAUGUUUUGUUUUUAAACUAAAUACUGAUUAAACAUAGCCUACUUUGAUGUAGGAAGAUUAAAAACAAAGUCAGGAAGUUUAAAACCCAUUUAUGGUACAGGUCAGUUUAGGAAUUUAGGAAAAAUAAAAGGAGGUGUCAAAUACACUAUUUAUUUCAGUUUAAUAUUCAAAUUUAUUAAUUAAUAUAAAAGCAAGUGUAAACAUCCGAUGAACGGUGUUUGCUUACAAGUUGUCACAAUAACCUUGGCUUUGAUAAGAAAAAUUCAGUUUUUGUGCCAAAAAAUCACCGUAACGUAAAAAAAAACGGUUUAUUUGCCACAAUUACGUAAAAUCCAAGGUAAAAAAUGCAUAAAAUGCGCGAUAUUUAAUGUGAUUGACGUCCAGUGGUGCCAACCUGCCGCUGUAAAAAAUCGCCGCAUUAGCCAAGAAUUAUCAAUUUUUCUAAUUCACGGUGAAAAUGGGCCCCAGUUUAAGUAAGGUUUCGGUGGGCAAGUGCUUGGGUGCAAUGGAGGCAUAAAACAUAAUGAUCUUUACUUUAUAUUAUGCCUACGCCACCAUAAUGCAGUGGUGGCGUCUCCGAACUUUACGCAACAAACUCAACGGAACACUAAACGAUCAAAAUGCCUUGCUUGUCUGUUCUGGGCAUUCGGUGCACGAUAGCAGAAAACAGCGAAGUUUGGAGAAUUUAUUGUACAGUACUGAGAAUAGGAUCGCGUGCACAGUUGUGCCUAAGCAAAAACUAAACUUAAGUCAAUGGAUCGCAUUUCCGAAAAAUCUAAGAUACUUCCCGAUUUUUAUCGACGACAAUAAAAUCAGUGUUAGUCGGCCCCAAAUUUUUCUCCUCCUUCAGGCCGUUUUAGACAAUUAUGUUAAACAUCAGAGUGAGAUUAUUCAAGUUGAGCAUUUUGGCGAACUGAUCGGUUGGAAAGCGAGCGAUUCGUUCGAAGUUGUGGUUAAAACAGACAUGGAUCAUUUGACUAAGCUGGUCAAUCAGUUUAGCCAAAGCGAUGUUGAUAUUAACCAUGAAUUAAAGUUACUUAAAAUUGAAACUGUUGAUGUUGAAAAUACACCCACUGUCAUCAAAUACGAGAAAAAAUAUCUCAAAGAACAAACUUUGAAAUAUUCAUAUGCUCCAGUUCAUUGGGGGAAAUUCGUGCAAGAAGUCAAGGACUUGUACUCGAAAAUACGCGACAUUACCACUCCGAAAAUAAAAAUCGAAAAUGGUUCGCCUCAGUGCCUCGAAUCCGCAAAACCCAUAAUAAAAAAAGAACCAAAAAAAACCGAUCCACUUUCCGAAGACAAAAACACACUUGAUGUGUCACGACGUCACAAAAAACCACGUGAAGGCAGUUCUUCCAAACCAUCAAAACCAUCAAAGCACAAAACAAAAAGCGACGAAAAACAACACAAACACAAACGAACUGCAAAUAAAUUAGUCAAACAGAGCUCAGUUAAAGAAAACGAAGAGGUCAAAAGUGAAGUCAAAGAAAAGGUUAUAACAGGGGGAACCCCCAAACCACCAAAUGUCCUCGUUUACGCCGACAGUUUGGUCACGAAAGACAACGUCAAAAGAGUCCUAUUCUCAAUUUUGAAUAAGGAAAAGUACACAAUCUACGACCUCCCCACUUCGAAAAACACGGGUUGGGACAAAUCCACAGUUCUGGUGGUUGUGUGUGGUGGUGUCCCACCUGACCUCACCGCCAACCUGAUCCAAUAUUUCCUCACCGGAGGUCAACUCCUCUGCAUUUGCAGCGACCUCAUGUACAGUGUACUUUACACGUUCACGACGGCGGAAGUACGCGAGCACGAACUCGUCCGCUUCUCGUACGGCCAAUGGCAGCACGUUAAAAUGAUGCAUCAUAUUUUCUGCUAUCAAGCAUCGCCUGCUAAGAAACAGUUCAGUAAAGAUUCGGAUCAUUCGAGUAACGGCUCAAGUCCGCAAGCGCCAAGGACGCCCUCUAACGUCGAAUUAAGACACAACGAAAAAGAUUAUAACAUUCAAGUUCAAGUGUUAGGGACUGAAGAAACGUGGCAUACGCCCAGCCUGCUAUUGGCUAAAGUGAAAAACUCGCAAGGGAGGGCUGUUUUUUCGCAAGUGCAUCUGGAAAUUGAUCCAGAUGUUUAUGAGAAUGAUGAGGAUAAGUACCGGGAGUUGUUGAGUAGUAAUGAAGCCAGAUUGGAGAUUUUGAAAGAUAUUAUUUCCAAUCAUUUGGAUUUGGUGUGUGAUGAGAGUUUGGGCACGGUUGAGUACAGUCAAGGGUAUUUUCUUGGGCGUUAUGAUGCAAAAAUGAAUAUGAUGACCGACUGUGACUCCAUAACCAAUAACCAAUUAACUUGUGAUAAAAUCAGUGUUGUUUUUUGUGGCCAUAAUGUCGAGCCUGGCCUUGCGUCAAAUAUCCGCCUUCCGGUCAUGAUUCAUUCGUGUCCUUCGAACUUCUCCACUUUGGAUUAUUUCGAAACGUUGAACACUGAAGACAUUGGCCGUUUGGUGAUUUAUGCCGAUAUUUUGACAAGUACCCAGCACCUACUUGACAAAAAAUUGCGCCAUGGUCUUGUUGUGAUCGCCCGGCAACAGACCCAUGGCAUGGGACGGUCGAGCAACUCAUGGUUGAGUCCAUUGGGUUGUGCGGCCUUUUCCCUUCAGAUGCACAUUCCGCUGGAUAGUCACAUGGGACAGUCGCUUCCCUUGAUCCAGCACUUAGUCAUGGUAGCUGUCAUAUCGUCGAUUAAAAAUGUCCAAGGUUUGGAUUGUCUCAAUGUUGGUAUUAAAUGGCCUAAUGAUUUGUACGCGGAAGGGGCGAUUAAAAUCGGUGGACUUGUUGUAACUUCUACGAUAUUUUCAAAUUUUGCUAUUGUUAAUAUAGGUUGUGGUGUAAAUUUAUCAAACCAAAACCCCACAAUAUGUAUAAAUGAUCUCAUAGAAAAAAACACAGUGAUGCAACCUAUAGCUUAUGAGAAAUAUUUCGCAGCUGUGUUCAAUGAAAUCGAACGCUUAUACUUUGAUGUGCAGAAAAAUGGGUUUGAGGCGUUUUUCCAGCUUUAUUACAAGUAUUGGUUGCACAGCGAUGCCGACGUUACGAUACAGUCGGAAAAGGGCGAUUCCACACGAGCUAAAAUCGUGGGAAUCGACAAAUACGGUUUUCUCUCUGUCCGAUUGGCCGACGGCAGUAUGACGUCAGUCCAGCCCGACGGUAAUUCGUUCGAUUUGAUGAGCGGCUUGAUAGCGCCAAAGAAAUUUUAAUCCUUCGGUGUUUUUUCUAUUUUUUUAGUAUGAUGUAAUUAUUGGUCUUUUUGAUCUUUGUUGUUGUCUCUUGGUGUACACGCAAAUUGUAAGAGGAAAAAAAUAUAAAAUGUUGACGAAAUAA